ACAAUCAUCAACACGUAAGCAACAUCAUUGAAAUUGCAUAGCAACAUAUAGUAUAUACUUUCCCCUUCUGCAAAAUUCCCUUUUAUCCUUCCAAUCACAAACAGUAUUCAUCAUAAAUCUUCCAUUUUGCCUAACCCUUUUACCCUUUCAAACAUCUUUAUCGUUUGCCACUGUUAUGGAGCUUGUUCAAGAGUUAGUUUUCACAAUCUCCUUCUCUCUCAUAGUGUCUCUGUUAAUCGCCAAGUUGUUUUCAGUCGGGUCGAGUGGGAAUUCAAGUGUUUCGAUUAGGGUUGAAGAAAAGAUUGAAAAAGAGGGAAACUUUGAUGAUCCGGUGAAGGGUUGUGAAGAGGGUGGUUUUGGGUGUUUGGAGGGUGAUUUGGGAAGUGGGGUUGUGGUUGAUUGUGGUGGUGGAGAGGGUGCAGGCUAUGUGUUUGAUGAAAGUCCUGAGAGAAAUGAAGAUGAUAAUGGUGAUGCUGGUUUGGUGAAAAGUGAUGAGGGUAAUAUGGUAACUUUUAGUGGAUCAUUAGUUGAAGAAGAUUGUGUGAAGUGUGUUGAAGUAGAGACAGAAAGCAUUAGUGGAGUUGGUGUCUGUUAUGUGUUUGAUGAAAGUCAUGAGAGAACUGAAUGUAAGGAUGAUGAUGAUGGUAGUUUGGUGAAAAGUGAUGAGGGUAAUUUGGUAAAUUUCAGUGGAUUAUUAGUUCAAGAAAAUUGUGUGAAAUCUGUUGAAGUAGACACAGAAAGUGGCAGUGGAGUUGGUGUACGCUAUGUGUUUGAUGAAAGUCCUGAGAGAACUGAAUGUAAGGAAGGUGGUGGUAAUUUGGUGAAAAGUGAUGAGGGUAAUGUGGUAAAUUUCACUGGGUCAUUAGUGCAAGAAGAUUGUGUGAAAUCUGUUGAAGUAGAACGGGUAUUUUCUGCCAUUAAUGAUGGUGAAGUGAAGGGUGAAGAGGAAGAUGAGAUGUUUGAUGAUGAUUGGCAGGGGGUUGAGACGACGGAGUUGGAGAGGAGGUUUGGUGCUGCGGUAGCGUUUAUGGAUGCUAAGGUUAAUAGUGGUGUUGUGAAUUUGAUUGAUAAUGAAGUGAAGGUAGAGUUAUAUGGGCUUCAUAGGGUUGCCAUUGAAGGGUCUUGCUUUGAGCCGCAACCAAUGGCUCUCAAGGUGUCUGCUCGCGCCAAUUGGAAUUCGUGGAAACGUUUCGAAAAUUUGGGGCGCGAAGACGCGAUGGAACAAUAUAUUGCUCUUCUUUCUCGACAUGUUCCGGGUUGGAUGGGAAGCCACUCUUAUGACAAACAAUGACAUGAAGUUGUACCUCGGUUGAUCAGGCUCCUUGGCAGUUGUCAGUACAAGCAUCUACGACAUUGUUGGAUCGAACUGGGAACUGCAGCAUUUGUUGCCUCCAUGAUCAGUUUGGCUAUUUUAUCGACGGUCAUCGUGUAAGUAAACAAUAACGACGUCAUUUGUAAGUAAGAAAACCACGGUUAUGUUCGAUUACGGCUAGCGUUUUGGAUUGAAAUGCUAGAAAUAUCUUCGUUUUUUGUAUCUGUUCCGAUUUAUGUGAUUACCUUCAUGUUUUUUUAUAUUUGUCGUGGUACUUGAUUGCA